AUGGAUAAGAUCGUUUUGAACCCCGACCGAGUGGCUCUGUUGGUUGCCUCCGCGUUGAAGCAGACCCUCUCCUCGCCGGGUGCUAUGAACGCUCAGUUCUGGUGCGAUGACCCUUGGCUGGUUGCUUCGGAUGGCAAUGGGGACGUGGAUAUGCUCGACGAAUAUUCGUACUGGGAUAGAACUCGACCGGGCGCAUCCAUGACCGAGAUCGACUCGCUUCCCGUCGAUGGCCGGUGCGGAAACAACCCCAAUCUCAAUGGAUUUGCAUUCAGUUGGUUGGGUGCUUCCGUGCCCAUUACUAUGUGCCAGGAUCUGUUCCCUAAGUGGCUCGCUGAUUUCAAUGCAGACACAACCAUUACGGCCUAUAAGAGCAUAGUACAGCCCCCCACUGUAAACGUGGAACCCCUACGCCAGUUGUUCUCGGUGGCAUUGCUUCAUGAGAUGACCCACACUAGAGCCUUCCUGAAUAGACAACUCCCAGUCUAG